AUGUUGGUGUUUCGGAUUAUUUUGCUGUGCAUCGUGGAGUUGCAUACUGGCUGCGAUGCGGUGCUCGCCGCCGGUCUCACCACUUUCCGGGCUUUCGCUCCACCUGCAAAAGAGGGUGUUGUGCGGACCGUCGAUCGGAUUUACCAUGGAGGUGGGAAGGUUGGUUACCUACUCUACAUGGACGGGAGAAGGUUUCAGUUAGAUAUGGAGAGGGAUGAGUCAAUUUUGUCACAGCACUUCAAAAGCGCCGCGCCUCUGCACCGGGAGUGUGUGUACCGGGGAACCGUGGACUCCAACCCCAAGUCCCUGGCGGUUUUCAGCCUCUGUGGUGGGGGUCUAGAGGGCUUUUUCGCUUUGAAACACGCACGCUACACAAUCACACCCCUCAUCCGAGCCAAGGGACACAAUAGCGACGUGCGUUCGCUGGAUGACAAGGAUGCAGAGAGCGCUCUCCACUACUUCACGCAGGAGAGUUUCAGCUUCGAAGCCAUGCCUGUGAGCGAGAGCUGUGGGACCAAGGAAGGGCGCGGGCGCAUGGAUGCAUCGAGGAAACACCGGCGUAAGGCGCACGGCAGAAGAUGGUGGAAGCAGUUCUCCAAACCUGCCUCUCCGCCCUCACUGGGAAGUCGGCGCAAGAGGUCAGUUUCGCGCGCCAGGCACGUGGAGCUUCUGCUGGUCGCUGACGAGUCCAUGUCCAAGAAGUACGGCAAGGACCUGCACCACUACCUGCUCACGCUGGCCUCCAUCGCUUCCAAGUUGUACGGCCAUGCCAGCAUCGAGAACCCCAUCCGUCUGUCCGUUGUGAAGGUGACCAUGGUCACGGAGAAGGAGAAGGGGUUGGAGGUGUCCAAGAACGCAGCCGCCACGCUCAAGAGCUUCUGCAAGUGGCAGAACCAGCAGAACCCACUGGACGACGACAACCAGCACCACCACGACGCCGCCAUCCUCUUCACCAGGCAGGACCUGUGUGGGCACCACUCGUGUGACACACUGGGCAUGGCCGACGUUGGCACCAUCUGCUCACCAGAGAGGAGCUGUGCCGUCAUAGAGGACGACGGACUCCAUGCCGCCUUCACCGUGGCACACGAGAUAGGUCACUUGCUGGGCCUGUCCCACGACGACUCCAAGUUCUGCGAAGAGCGUUUCGGCGCCAGCGCGGACAAGCGUCUCAUGUCGUCCAUCCUGACCUCCAUCGACGCCUCCAAACCCUGGAGCCGCUGCACCUCAGCUACCAUCACUGACUUCUUUGACGAUGGCAAUGCCGAGUGUCUCCUGGACACUCCUCGCCAGCCCAUGCUCGGCUCAGAGGAGCUGCCCGGCCAGAGCUACGACGCCGUGCGCCAGUGCCGCCUGGCGUUUGGGCCUGAGUACACGGUCUGCCCGGGCAUGGACGUAUGCGCCCGCCUGUGGUGUGCAGUGAUACGCCAGGGCCAGAUGGUGUGCCUUACCAAGAAGCUGCCCGCCGUGGAGGGCACGCCGUGUGGCAAGGGCCGCAUCUGCCUCCAGGGCAAGUGCAUGGACAAGACCCGCAAGAGACACUACUCGGCAUCUAACCAUGGUAGUUGGAGUUCGUGGGGUCCGUGGGGGGCAUGUUCAAGGACGUGUGGUGGAGGGGUGCAGUUCGCCCAGCGUCUAUGUAACAACCCGCCGCCCCGAAACAAUGGGCGCUACUGCACCGGCAAGAGAGCCAUCUACAGGUCCUGCAGUGCCACCCCGUGCCCCUCGACCAGUAAGAGUUUCCGCCAGGAGCAGUGUGAGGUGCGGAACGGCCCCCAGACAGACCCUAAGGGGAUGAAGACCUUUGUGGAGUGGGUACCCAAGUUCGCAGGAGUGCUCCCCAAAGAUGUGUGCAAGCUGACAUGCCGGGCCAAGGGCACAGGCUACUAUGUGGUGUUCUCGCAGAGGGUGGUGGACGGGACAGAAUGUCGGCCGUACAGCAGCUCAGUGUGUGUGAAGGGCAAGUGUGUGCGUACCGGCUGUGACGGCAUCAUCGGCUCCAAGCUGCAGUUUGACAAGUGUGGCAUCUGUGGAGGGGACAGCACUGGCUGCAUCAGAGUGAUAGGCAACUUCACCAAGAAGAGUAAGGGCUACACAGACGUUGUGAAGAUCCCAGAGGGCUCCACCCACAUCAAGGUCCGCCAGCACAAGCCCAAGGAUCAGCCCCAGUACACAGCCUACCUGGCACUGCGUCGUCCCGGUGGCGACUACCUCCUCAACGGCAAGUUCAUGAUCUCUACCUCAGAGACAGUCAUCCCCCUCAACGGCUCGGUGCUCAACUACAGUGGCUGGAGCCAGCGGGAUGAGUGGCUACACAGCAUGGGCCCUGGGGCCCUCAGAGAGGCCCUUACAGUUCAGAUUCUGGCCACGGACUCCAAGAGGCCCCUGGAUAUCCGCUACAGCUUCUUCAUGCCCCGUCGGGUUUUGGCUCCAACACCGCCACCUCCCCCACACACCUCCACAACCACAUCCACCACCACUACUAGAACCAUCUCUACAAGAUCAAGCAGUAGAACCACAUCGGCCCCGUUUUCAGCCAUGGCUCUCUCUACAGCCCCAGGGGUGUCGACGGCGGCCUCUGGGCCCCAGUGGGUGACUGGCCCCUGGAUGAUCUGCUCCAGGACUUGUGACACGGGCUGGCAGAGCCGCACGGUGCAGUGCAAGGACCCGCUGGCCAAGCUGGCCAAGGGUUGCCCUCUGGGCGACCGCCCCUCCGCCUUCAAACAAUGCCUAGUGAAAAAGUGUUGA